CAGUUCGAAAUAAACAGGCAGUGAUUAUGAAGUGGGCUACUGCUGUAGUGACCACCAGCACCCGACAAAGGACAGAAGUUACUCGGGUAGUCCGAAGAACAAGGAGUAGGCCACAAAGUAACCCCGAGUGACGGUGAUAGCGACAGUCAGUGACGGCUUAAAACCAGGCGGUGGCAGUGCUGCAGCAAAUCGAUGCCUGAUGUCGUAAAGGAGGAGAAGAAGAAGUCGGCGGGAGUUGUGUGAACGCGCGCGUGCGUGCGUGUUUACAGUUGUAUGCAGAAGUGCUGGGUACCGGCAGACUAUUUCGACUGUAGUAGUGGACACCACCGGUUUCGACAAACAUGGAAUCCGCCGACGAGUUCAUGAAGUACCGCUCACCGCUGGUGUCCAGGUAUGCUAGCAAGGAAAUGGCGUACAACUUCAGCGACAGGAAGAAAUUCACCACCUGGAGGAAGCUGUGGAUUUAUCUGGCCAAGGCUGAGAAGGCUCUGGGUCUGCCCAUCACCGACGCUCAGAUCCUGGAGAUGGAGGGCCACUCGGAGGACAUUGACUUUGUCAUGGCGGCUGAAGAGGAACGCAAACUCCGACACGAUGUCAUGGCUCAUGUCCACACCUUCGCACACUGCUGUCCCACCGCUGCUCCCAUCAUCCAUCUGGGGGCCACCUCCUGCUAUGUGGGAGACAACACUGAUCUGAUUAUGCUGCGUGACGGCUUUGACAUUCUCCUGCCUAAGCUGGCCAGAGUCAUUGACAGACUGACAAACUUUGCAGAGACGUACGCUGACCUGCCCACACUGGGCUUCACCCACUACCAGCCUGCCCAGUUGACCACAGUGGGGAAGCGGGCCUGUCUGUGGCUGCAGGACCUGGCCAUGGACAUGCGGAACGUCCAGAGAGCUCGUGAUGAUCUACGGUUUAGAGGGGUCAAAGGGACCACCGGGACCCAGGCCAGCUUCCUGCAGCUCUUUCAGGGAGAACAUGAAAAGGUGGAAGAGCUUGACAGAAUGGUGACAGAAAUGGCAGGUUUUAAAAGAGCUUAUUUAGUGACUGGUCAGACCUACAGCCGUAAAGUGGAUGUGGACUGUUUGUCCAGCCUGGCCAGUAUGGGAGCCACUGUCCACAAGAUUUGCACAGACAUCCGACUGCUGGCCAACCUGAAGGAGAUCGAGGAGCCUUUUGAGAAGGAGCAGAUUGGUUCCAGUGCCAUGCCCUACAAGAGGAACCCCAUGAGAUCCGAGCGUUGCUGCAGCUUGGCUCGACACCUGGUGGCGCUAAUGUCUGACCCGUUGCAGACGGCAUCUGUGCAGUGGCUGGAGAGGACACUGGAUGACAGUGCUAACAGGAGGAUCUCUCUGCCCGAGGCCUUCCUCACGGCCGACAUCAUUCUCAGCACGCUGCAGAACAUCACGGAGGGUCUGGUGGUCUACCCCAAAGUGAUCGAGAGACACAUUCGCCACGAGCUUCCCUUCAUGGCCACGGAGAACAUCAUCAUGGCCAUGGUGAAGGCUGGAGGAAACAGACAGGAUUGCCACGAGAAAAUCCGUGUUCUGUCCCAGGAAGCUGCAGCUGUGGUCAAACAGGAAGGUGGAGAUAAUGACCUUCUGGCCAGAGUGCAGCGAGACCCAUACUUUGCCCCCAUCCUGGGGCAGCUGGAUGAUCUGUUGGACCCCAAGACUUUCAUUGGUCGUGCUCCACAACAGGUGACCAGGUUUCUGACUGAAGAAAUACGCCCCCUGCUGGAUCCAUAUAAGGCAAAGAUGGAUAUCAAGAUUGAGCUUGAACUCUGAAACCCCGCCAACAGGAACCAGAUCUUUAAGUAAAGACUUCAUCCUGUUGUGAAGAUACGGUGAAUUCUGUCUAAUACCUCAAGAAACAAUCAGUAAAUCAACUUCUCUUUUUAUGUCUCUCCAUCAUGUCUGCUGGGACGAAUCUCCAUAAACUGCACUAGUUUCUGCUCCAUGUUCACGUACAAUUUAAUUCAGUUCAUUUUGAAACUUGAUGAUUCAAUUCAGAGGGAAUUCAGUGAUAAAGCAUGACUUGUGAGA